AUUGAUCUUGGCCCCAAGAAGUAAGACAACGACCAGGUAUAUAACAGGGUUGGUUUCAGCAUAGAUUGUGGAUUUAUUCAACCAUCACCUCUACUCUACCUGCAAACACCCCAACUGCAUUCAGUCAAUGUGCAAAACAAUCAACAUGCUCAACAAGCUCAAACCAAAGCGUAGCAAGGACACCGCAGCUGAAACCAAUGAGGCCACGACCGAAACCAAAGAAGUCGCCCCAUCCACAGCCCAGCCCGAGACAGAAACAAAGCUCCCCUCAUACAUCACCGACUCCGCCGUGCAAACCUACGACAUCCCCUACAAGAAUUGGAAAUCGACCAAGGCGCUCGUCAACGACGUCAGUACCGGCACCACGCUGUACGAACUCGACGUGCCCACCAUCUUCCGCUCCAAAGUGCUCAUGCGAACGGCAAACGACGAUGCCGAGAUUGGACACUGCCAGUCCAGCCUGUUCAAGAGCACGCUCAAGGCCGAGCUGCGCGGGCAAGCGUUGGAGCUGCAGUUGAAGAAACGGUUCAGCUCCGACUACACUUAUGCCUCUCCUGCAUUUGGCGGCGCCACGAUGACUUGGACGUUUCACAGCGGUUGGAGCGACAUCUACUACGUCCUUCUUGACGAGCAGAGUCUGCCAGUUGCGCGGUGGACGGCGAGAGGUCCAUCGAUCUUCACGAAUCUCGGCAAGGUGGAGUUCUUGGGGACCAAGGCGGAGAGUCAGGAGGCCAGAGAGGAGAUCUUCCUCACCGGCUUGACGUUGAUCUAUAUCAUUGUCACGUCGAGAUCAACAUCAGUGUGAGGUAUACGUUGGACGACUACGAAAGAGUGCCAUUCGGGUUGUUCGGAGUUGGUCGGGGUCCAUCAAUUCGCGUGUAGAUUAGCUCGAACGAUUCACGAAGUCAUGCACGCUCUACUA